AUGCCGCAAAAGAAGCUAACGUCAGUCAUCGACAUAGUGGACAAGCUCGUUGAUGUUUCCAUCGCUAUAAAGAAUCGCGGGAAGUUAAAGGACCCCGAGGAGGCCAGAGUAGGCGACGCCUUCGCACUGUUGGCAGCGGGCCGGCCACCACCUGGAUGCCCUGGAGAGGCAAACAAAUCGCGGUACCUAGAAUUUUUGCUGCGAGUCAAACAAUUUAUGGGGCCGGCAGGAGUCGUUAUUUCUGCAGCAGGGCUCGGUGUAUCAGCCGUAGCUGGCAUGAGGGACCGCCUGCGUGUCGAUCUGCCAGUCAAAAUGAAAGAACGGGAGAGAGAGUUUGCCAAGACAGAGCUUGAGACCAUAGCCUGCAUUUUCUCAGCCAAAACCAGAUGGCUGCAGGUGCCUCACAACGUGGAGAACCUGCCUCCUUGUCUAGCACUUCGACAGUUCGUCGUAUUGAAGCUGCUGCAACUGCAGCCUCACAAUUUACUGGAGAUGCUUAUGAACUUGGAUGGGAAGAUGUCCGGGAGAUCGUAA